AAAAUUUCAGAUGUGGUGUAUCGAAUCGAGAAAAAUGCCAACAAAACGAAUAGGUUAGUAGUCCAUUACAAUCGUCUUAAACCGUGUUUUGAACGACCGUUGAAAAGUCUACCUAAUCGACCACCAAACGAGACGAAACUGCAAUCGAAAGAAACCCCCGAAACGAGAAAAGAAAACGUGGAGAACUGUAGUGGCCAAACCCCGCAAACGGAACCCCCAUCCAACGGAGGAAAUGAUGAGGAUGAGUGGACAGUGAGGUAUUUUAGAAGAAAUUUGAGACAAAGUAGACCAAGUCGGGCAAUUAACGGGGAGGAACACGGACAAAGUUUACCUGAUGAGGUCCAAGAAGACGUACAACAUUUACCUGACGAAUUACAACAGGAUGGGCCAUUGAGUUCAAUGGAACAGAAUAAUCAGAGAGACGGUAGCGACGAGACAUUGCGAGAACCAGUAGAAGGAAACGAGGGACAGUCACAAGCCCCACCGGAAAGGCCAGCGCGAACGAGAAAAAACCCAGCGUGGUUACGGGACUAUGGAACUGUACUGCAUUUUUGCAGCUUAGUUAUCUAUUAA